AUGCCUCCGAUAUCCUCUCAGCGUCGAGCCUUGACCGAAGAGAACUCGCCCCUCUCCGAUGACGAUGUCGGCUUUCUCUACCAGGUGGUCAGUCGCGCGGAGGGGAAACCCGAGGUCGAGCGACUCCCAUUUCGAGCACUCUUUGAAGCAUACGACGAAGCCAUUAGCGAACAUGGCGUCGAUGCAGACCCGGGCCAUGCCUGCCUGCGAUUUUUGUUCAAGAUGGGGAGCAAAGGUGUGCGGGGAGACACUCUCUUCGACAAGUUUGAGAAUGCGCUUCGACAAAUGGGCAUCGUGAUCGAGAUUGGCGAUGAUGGUUCUACGGGUCUUAACGAAACUCAUGAUUUUGAGCAAUACACGGUGGAUGCGACAUACAGCCAAACGGUCGAUCACGAUCAUUCUCCCAUCACGAAUGGUGUACUACCGACGCCCCGGAGACGCGCUUCGUUCAAUACCACUUACGAUAUCGGUGAAGAUGCCACGCAGAGGAGUUUUAUCAACAGGCCAAGCUCUCGCUCAUCAAUGUCGCGCCUUCAGACAGGAAAGCCCGAGUUUCCCAAACCGAAACAAUCCCCGAACUAUCAACACCAGGGCAAUGGCCAGACUUCAAACUCGCUGGACCGGACUCAAUUGAUUGCUCAAUUCUUGGAUGUUGGUCGUCGGUUGAUCAACAGAUUUGACACGGCACAGAAUAAAAUUGAAGAAACGGAGAAGGAGGAAGCUCCCAUAACUAAUGGAGUACUGGCGAGAUCGGCAGUUGAUCAUGAUCGUGCCAAGAGAGCUGCAGCCCCCUCACAGCGCCAGCGUGCAUCUUCCUUUGAUUCUUCAGAGAGCUCCGAGUUUGAAGAAACCAAAUCGCUCGCGCCGCAGGAGACAGAGCAUGAUAUCUUUGAGAAGGAAGAGGCUCCACCUGAGUUCCUCUAUCGACCGCAACUAUCAGAUCUACUCCGCGAUGCAUCGACUUUCAACAUGUACCGUCAAAGAGCCAUCUGCCGUCGAAUAUUAACACAAUGGCUAAAGAGGGCCUUUCGAGCGCGGCAAACCCGCCAGAACAUGGAAUCCGUCGCUGUUAGUCGCGACCGCAGCACCCUUCUCCGGCAAGCAUUCGAUCCGUGGCGGGGAAACAUUCAGCAGAAGCGCCAGGAGGCCAGAACGGAGCGGUUCUUCAAACACCUCGAUGAGCGUGCUAGUCAUGCUCGAGAUCUGUAUCUGAUGACCAAGGCCUUCACUCAUUGGGCUCAGCUCACGUCGGAAGAGGUUGCUAGGACAUCUGCUGCUCGGCGGCAUGUGCUUAGUGUCAAGUACUUCAAUGCUUGGCGUGAGAUCACAGCUGUUAAUGAGCUGAAGGCUCAACGUUUUGCAUUGCAGAGACCCUUUCGUGCUUGGCGGAAGAGGGUCCAAGACCUGAAAGUCGCAGAGUCUCAAGCAGUCACUGCUCACAACGACAAUCUGAGACAUGCCUCGUACUGGCAAUGGUUCUGGUGCUUUUGUGAUCGGCGUGCUCCUGAAUGGUACGAACACCGGCUCAAAAGGCGCUCGCUCCUCUACUGGCUUCGGAAUUUCCGAACAAAUAGAGAGCGAGACCACGAAAUAUCCAUGCACAACCGACGGUCCGCGCUGGGAUCAGCGCUUCAGAUCUGGUCUCAAAGAUUCAAAACGAUUGCUACUGCGGAGCAGGAAGCUCAAAUCUCUCGGCGCCAACAGGCAUUGGGAGACACGUUUUAUGAAUGGAGAAUUCAGUCUCGGCUGGCGCCAGCUGCUUCUCGAGCCCAAAUGAUCCACCGAGCACGUGAAGUCGAUCAGCUUCGAGUCCAACGCAAUGCAUGGACCGCCUGGAAUGACACGCUUCGGUGUUUGGCCCUGCGUUCGCGAAUCGAUGAGCGCCUUAAAAUGGAAGUCAUGUACAAGUGGAUUCUGAUGGAAAGAUUUCAGUUGAUGCGGAGAAUACAUGAGCAGCGUAUCAAGCGUGAAGUAUUCUCUCGAUUUGUCACGAAUACCCGGGGCACCUACACCCGGUUGCUGUUCCAUGCAGAAACCCACGAAGAUCAUCGAACCGAGGACCUGGCACGAUCCAAACUCGCCAUCUGGCGGGAUUGUCUGUGGCUGCAGCGUGAACGGGAAUGCACAGCUUUCGAGUUUUACGCCCCACGUCUGGCAAUAGAAUCCCUGGCGGCCUGGCGAUCCAAGGUUCAACAUGUGGUCAAGAUGGAGAGUUGGGCUCGGGAUGCACGCUUCUACUUUCUCAUGAAGAGGUCGAUGAAGCAGUGGCAUCAAGCAACAUUGGAUUCCGCCAAACGACGACGCCAAGAUGCUUAUGCAAAAAUCCGACGGAAGAUCAAGAUCAAUCUGGCCUCCAAAGUGUUGGCUGCUUGGAAUUCUAAAACCCGACUGGUGAUGGACAUGGAGCAGGAAGCCGAGUUGGUCGACCACGGGAAAUUACUCGAUGUUGCAUCCGAACUGUUCGCCCGGUGGCAUGAAGCUGCAGCCAAGAGGGUCCAAGAGUGUCGGGAUGCAGACCUCUACUAUUUCCGACAAGUCGCUUUCGACCAGCUGAUGCAAAUGUCCGAGACCUUUGUGAUUAAUCGGGAAUUGGAGGACCAAGCGGACCAUUUUCACCGUUCACAUGUGCUUCGCCAGGCAGGUGCCUCGUUGCGCAAGCUGAGUCUGCGUGUGUUCCAAACGAGAAGUACGAUUGAAACCGCCGAAGCGAUGCGGGAAAGAAACCUGCGGAAGCACUCGCGCGGCAUGUUCCGUCACUGGGUGGAAGAAGCCCGCCUCAAACUGGAAGCUCGCGAUUCCCCCGGGCCUACCUUGACGCCUGCUCGAUUCUCUAGCUUCGACGAUGUGAAUGGUGCCGGAUCGGCCUUGUUUGAUCCAUGGUAUCAAAACCAGGCUGAAACGCCUUUCAAGCUCAGCGAUUUUACGAUGACCUCUCAGGAGCCGGUCUCCGCAACUCCCUUGGCUACGCCUAGUUAUACGACCUCCCCAUCAAAACGAGCCGCCCGUGCCCGAACCCUUGCUCAAUUGUCCACCACUCCAGCCACACCGAUUCACACUCCUUUCGCCAGUCGCCUCCUUCGUGCUGGAGGUUCGGCGCCCAAGACUUCUUCUUCCCGACGACCACAGACCGGCAGAAAGAGCUCAAUGGGGACCAGUGUCCGGUUUGUGGACGAAGAGGUCCCCGAGUCUCCAACCGAUGCUCGCAAGUCGGCCAAUCGGCGCCCCUAG